CGCAAUUUCGAACGAAAGCGUUAUCACAGGCCAUUGUGCUCUAACGAAGUAUAUAAGUAAACAAAACAACCAUCCCUAAAUUUCUCUGGCGGUGUUCGGGUGAAGCGUCUCCUGCAGGUCAGUCGAAAACAUGGCUACUUCUGAUCAAGAAGGUGGGAGAAAGCGUUCAAAAAGUUGGAUUAAACUCAACGUGGGAGGUACGCAUUUCUUGACGACAAAGACGACGUUAUCCAGAGAUCCAAAGUCGUUUCUUUCAAGAUUAAUUAUGGAGGAUCCCGAGCUACCAACAGACAAAGACGAGCAAGGGGCGUAUUUGAUUGAUAGGGAUCCAAAAUAUUUUUCUCCCAUACUAAAUUAUCUUAGACAUGGUAAAUUAAUUAUUGACUCAGGAAUGUCAGAGCAAGGAGUUCUAGAGGAGGCAGAGUUCUACAAUAUAACGGAAUUGAUUCAAUUAACUAAAGAGAAGAUUAAAAGUCAUCAUUUGCGAAAUCAGAAGACCUCAACAAAGCAUGUCUACAGAGUCAUACAGUACCACGAGGAUGAGCUCACCCAGAUGGUCUCUUCACUGCCUGAUGGAUGGAAAUUUGAACAGUUGAUAAGUGUGGGUAGUAAUUACCAAUAUGGUGCUGAAGAUCAAGCAGAGUUUCUCUGUGUCGUGUCAAGAGAUAUCACCGAAUCCGAGGAACCUGGUGCAUCAGCGCAAAGUGCAAGAGCAAAGGUAUCCUCUAUUAGCUCUUCAAGAAAGAGGUUCGAGAAUGUAAAUCGUAUGUUGUGUAUUAUGAAAAAAAUUGAGUUAAGUUUGGUUGGCUGCUGGGAAGCUACCGAGGAAAAACUAUUUGUGCACUUAGUUAUUAUUGUAUAUAGCGUAUAUAUGGCACUGACUGUUGGAAAGGGUUAGUGGAACUUGUGAGAUAAGAAGUGACUUGUUCCAGCCCCUUCCACAAAUAUUAAACAAGGAAUGUACACGAACGGGAGUGCAUUUAUUAAUAUAACAAUCAAACGAAAA